GCGGGGCGGGGCGGGGAAGCGGCGGCGGCGGCAUGGCAGCGCGGCGGGCGUGAGCGCCGCUCCCGGCACCGGUACCCGGUACCCGGCCCGCAGGCUGUGGCGGCCGACAUGGAUCUUCUCUUCCUCUGCCCCUUCCUGCUGGCGCUGCUGCUGUCCUGGGGCGGCUUCGCUGACCUGGAGAAACAGAGGGUGGACUCUGGCUUGGAGAUCUAUAAGAAGCUGUUUGAGGUGAAGCGCAAGGACCAGAUGAAUGCGCUGAAGAACCUGAUCGAGCUCAAUGACAUCAACCAGCAGUACAAAAUCAUUGACAUCAUGCUCAAGGGACUCUUCAAAGUGCUAGAGGACUCCCGGGCUGUGCUCAUUGCUGCUGACGUGCCUCCCGAUGGACCUUUCCCUCAGGACGAGAAGAUAAAGGAUGCAUACUCCCACGUGGUGGAGAACACGGCCUUCUUCGGGGACGUCGUCCUGCGCUUCCCCAAGAUCGUGCACCACUACUUUGACCGCAAUUCCAACUGGAACAGCCUCAUCCGCUGGGGCAUCGGCUUCUGCAACCUGACAGGCGUGUUUGAACAGGGACCUCACUCACAGGUCCUGGGGCUGAUGGCUCAGGAGCUGGGAAUCAGUGAGAAAUCACCCGAUUACCGCAAUCCCUUUAAAAUGGAGCACUCCGAGUUUUUCCCCAGCGCCGACACCUUCCAGAAGGCGUUGCGGGAGGAGGAGAAGCGGAGGAAGAAGGAGGAGAAGCGGAAGGAGAUCCGCAAGGGCCCACGCAUCUCCCGCUCGCAGUCGGAGCUGUAGCUCCCUCUCGGCGGCCUCGGGCCAGUGCCCCGUGGUCCCCUUUCCGUUUGUGCUGUGGGGUUUUGUUUCAUUGCCUUUCUCUUUGGUUCAGCUGGGGCUGGGUGGUGGUGCCGGUGGGUUGCCCCAGUGGGGCUGAGGGGGGCUGAUGUGGGGUUCCCCUUCCCCAGAGCCAAAGCACAGACGGGAAGGCAGCGGGGCCGUCCCCAUGGCCUGUGGGGAAGUAGGGCGAGGGGGAGCCGGGGGAUCCCCCCCUCCGCAGCACGCCCUGCACUGAACGUGCCUCCUCCGUCAUGGUGGGCUGGGGAGCGUGUCACGCCAAACACCCUCAUGAGCAAUGCUGCUUCGCUCAGUUCUUUUUUUGGUUAGACUGGUGAUCUCAUUGGCACCCCCCACCUGGUUAUACCUGGUCUCUGCCCAGCCGCUACCUCUGCUGGAGCAGCUCUCCCCUCUUCCCAGCACCUGUUUUUCACCAAGCAACCUGUGUUUCGUCGGUCAGCCAUAGUUGAAAAGGCUGAUGGCAUCAGUUCCUGGCCCGGCAACAUCCUGCUCUCUUGGGUGGGCAUUCCCUGAAGGGAGGCAAAUGUGGUGAUAUUUGGGAAGGAGGGAUUUCAGUUCUUGGCCUUCUUUGCAGCUGAUGGACACACAUAAUGCAAGUACUGCUGAUGCUGAAGGUGCGGGGGAGCCAGCCAUGAGCCCUGUGAGCCUGUCCUGCCCCUCAUCCCUCCUGUACCCAUCCCUCGGCUGUGGGGCUGGCCCUUUCUACAUUAGUUCCUUACAGCCCCUAGUCACGGGGAUAGCCAGCCAAGAGGAUGUGGGAACGGCAGGGCUGUAGCAGAGAGGGAGCUAGCUGGGAGGCUGUGACCCUCUGCACGGUGUCUCGGCUGCAGGGGCAUCGGAGGCAUGGGCUGGCCCUGGGACCCCGCACAACCGCCCUGCACUUUCCCAUGGUCGCUAAUGAACUCGCAGCAGACGAGGCUCUUGCGGAAGGGCCGUCCCCGAGAAGCAGGUGCUCUGUGCCCGGCUGGGGGCACCACAGCCUUUGGGAAGGGGUGAAACGUCCUGAAUGUUUCAGCGCGGAGCCAGGUCUGUCCGGCUGCGGGUUGGCAACGGGUCCGUGUUUUGUUUUAAUGGAAUAAAAUUGACUUUAUUUUUUUUUUUAUUAAGUAAAAGAA